UUUUUUUCCUAAAUUCAUGUCUACUACUCCUAAAAUCAGUAAACGAUCUUCUUCUUCACGCACACCAAAUGAUAUUCUUAUACACAAUACCCAACAAGGAGGUAUCAAUACUACAUUACCUUCUGAUCGAUCUCGUACCAAGGCAACCAAAUUGAAAAAUUUAUUUGUCAAUGGCAAGGAACAAGAAGAAUUAAUGUCAGCUUGUAGUAAAGGUGAUAUAAAGAAAGUAACUGAACUCUUGACAUGUACAACUCCUCAUUUGAAUCCUGAUAAAAUACGUGAUACCAAACUUCGAAGUCCUUUAUUGAUUGCUUGUGCAUCUGGUCAAGCUGACUUGGUGCGGUUAUUGGUCAAGUUUGGUGCUGAUGUGAACAAUCCUGUGGGGGAUAUUAUUGGUAACAGACCUUUGGAUCUUGCUGUUGUAUCGAAUAAUGUGGAUACUGUUUUGGCCUUAUUGGAAUUAGGUGCUCAUGUCCAUCAUCAUAUACCUUCGGCAAUGACUUCACCAUGUGUAACAAAAUGCCCUGCCCCUAUAUCCUAUCGUCUUAAAAGAACUCCUUUAGAUUUGGCACGAUCUCGAUUAAAUUUACUGGCACAACAAAAUCGAUCCAAUCAUCAUUCGUCCCAAGCUGAUGGGUUUACAACGCAGGUGGUCAAGAUCAUUGAAUUAUUACGAUACUUCGCGAAGAGGUCACCGGCAACAGGGAAUGGGGACUCAAUACAAGAACUAGAUGAAUUGACUGCCAAGUUAUCUUCAGUGGAAAUUCAAGAAGGGGAUCAUCAGCAAGGAACAGAUAUUAUCAAAGAUUUAGGGGAUGUUAUCUCUAGAUUGCAUUUGUGAUAGCAUCAAUAGUUUAGUUAACCCUUUUUUCUUUCCUGUAGUGUAUACAUUUUAAAAUUUAUAAAUAAAGUUGUUUUUGUGUAUAUAUCA